UCAGCAUUUCAAAAAGCUGUUGUGCCACAUCAGCCAGAACUGUUGUGUCACACUUCCUACAUGAUCUCUUCCAUAAAAAUUCACUUUCAGUUAUUGACUUUCUCCAAUCUCCAUCAUACUCAUGCUAGUACUAUCACUACCCACUCCCCUCUCUCCUUAGUCCAAUAAAGAUUGCUUUUUUGAGUGAGGAAACCAAAGAAAAAUCAAAUCUUGAUGAAAUUGAGAUGAGUGGAAUAGGCAGAAGCAGCGAUGUUGUGGUUGUUGUUGUUAGGGCUGCUAAAGAAAUUUCAACAACAGCUCUAACCUGGGCUUUGACAAAUGUAGUUCAGCCUGGGGACUGUGUUAGGUUGCUCGUCGUCAUCCCAAUUCAUACCUCAAGUAAAGGUCUAUGGGGGAUUCCAUAUUUUCAUAGUGAUUGCGCCACCGGAUAUUGGGGAUUCAUGUCAGGAACCAUUGUAGAACAGAAGGAGUAUAUUGCAGGUAUAUGCAACCAGAUGAUGCACCAACUAAACCAUGUCUAUGAUCCUGCAAAGGUAACGGUGAAGAUGAAGGUUGUUUUUGAAUCCAAAGAUGGAGUAGUGGCUGCUGAGGCCAAGAGGACUCAAGCACAGUGGGUUGUAUUGGACAAGAGAAUGGAGUGCGAAGCUAGCUCUUGCACUGAGCAGCUCGACUGCAACGUUGUACUUGUUAAGAACUCUGAGAUGAAGGUCCUUAGAUUGAACUUGAUCGAGCCAAGAAGGCCGGAUUCUGAGAUGCUUAAGCAUUCAAAAUCGACUAAGAAACGUUGUAAGGUACCAAAUGUGACUCCAACGAGCAGCCCUGAGAAGCUAUCCUCGAUGCCAAGCUUAGACAAGUUCGUGUCCUCAACGUUCAUGUCCGACAUCGACUGGGAGCCAAAGGUGAUGCAGGCGUCUCCAUUAGUGCUCGGACAGUACCACAACUACUAUGAUGAUUCUGAUUCUGAGUCAGACAGUGAAAAUCACAGCUCUGUCACAUCCAUGGAAGACAACCUUAGUUCAGCUGAUGAAUGUGGGAAGCUCUUGAAAGAUUGGCUGCAUAGAUCCAGCAGCAAAUCAAUGAAUGUAAAGCCUGUAGCGCGCCAAUUUAGUGGCUCGAGGGAUGUGAACGUUGAUCUGUGCAGGAAUGUGAGAGAGAUGAUAUCACUGAACAGAAAUGUACGUACGGAUCCCCCUCCACUUUGCUCUGUGUGUUGCCACAAGUCACCAUCCGUUGGGAAACCCCCUAGGCUGUUCACGUUCGCAGAGCUGGAACGAGCCACUGGGGGAUUUCUGCAGGCGAACUUCUUAGCUGAGGGGGGAUAUGGCUCAGUGCACCGCGGUGUGUUGCCUGAUGGCCAGGUUAUAGCUGUCAAACAGCAUAAAUUGGGUAGCAGUCAAGGCGACCGCGAGUUCUGCUCUGAAGUGCAGGCCUUGAGCUGUGCACAGCACCGGAAUAUUGUGAUGCUGAUUGGAUACUGCGUGGAGGAUGGGAGAUGGCUGCUGGUUUACGAGUACAUCUGCAAUGGCUCUCUGGACUUGCAUCUAUAUGGAAGGAAUCAAAUUCCACUAGAAUGGGCUGCACGUCGAAAAAUUGCAGUUGGAGCUGCUCGAGGGCUGAGAUACCUCCACGAGGAGUGCAGAGUUGGAUGCAUAGUCCACCGUGAUUUGAGGCCAAACAACAUUCUCCUCACACAUGAUUUUGAGGCAUUGGUUGGGGACUUUGGACUAGCAAGGGUGCAGGUGGGCGAUGGAGAUUCGGGUGCAGAGAGCAAAACCAUAGGAACAUUUGGUUACAUGGCUCCGGAAUAUGCCCAGACUGGGGAAGUAAGUGAAAAGGCGGAUGUGUAUGCCUUUGGGGUCGUGUUGGUGGAGCUGGUCACGGGGAGGAAAGCGGUGGAUAUAUGCCGGCCUAAGGGCGAGCAAUGCCUUACAGAAUGGGCGCGUCCCUUGCUGGAAGAGAAUGGCCUCUCCAAGCAUGUGGAUCCUUGCUUGAACAAGUGCUACUCGGAGAGAGAGGUGGAAGGGAUGAUGCAUUGUGCGUCGCUGUGCUUGCAACGAGACCCUCAUUCGAGGCCUCCCAUGUCUAAGCUACUUCGGUUGUUGGAAGGUGACAUUUCGAUGAGAUGAAAUUAAAUGUGUUGGAAUUCAGAUUUGAAUGUGUAGAUAUUGAACUUAGUGAUAAAAUAGAGUAUGAUUUAUGUUCAAAGCCCAUUUUCCUUUAUUUGAUUGGAAUUUGGCAAAUAGCCUCACUUCGUAUAAAUUUCUAAAGAACCCGACUCACUUUGGGAGUUCGGGUUCCUGAGUCUGAUA